GCAGGAGGAGGGAUGGUACUUUAAAUAUGGGGAAAGAAACGCUACACACAAAGACUCCCGUGGCACUUCCAAACAGGCGCUUUGGACAAGAUGUUACCUUGGCCUUGCGUGUGCGUUUCCAUUUAGAUAUGUGGAUUGUGCGUUUCGCGUUAGGUUUGAUUUGUAGGGUCGCAGAAAUCAUCCCAGCGAGAUAGUCGCAGCUCACGUACUUUAGUUUUAGGCACUUUGGGAGCGCAGCAGCUAGAUUAGGCAACCGUUCUCAAACACGCACGACUCGAAACUGACGAGGAGGACAGGUGGACGCCACGCUGAUCAGCCGCGAAGGGGAAACUUAUCACCAUGAGUUCCGACAAGAGCAAAAUGGAGGAUGAGGCAGUCUUGGACAGAGGAGCCUCGUUUGUCAAACAUAUCUGUGAUGAAGAGGAAGUGGAAGGUCAUCACACUGUGUACAUCGGUGUCCACGUUCCCAAGAGCUACCACAGGAGGAGGCGCCACAGACGCAGGCCUAGCCACAAGGAGAAGCGGGAACGACCUGAACAGAGCGCAGAAGGGUCCAAGUCCGACGGGGAGAAUGUAGACGUGAGCGUCCUCAAACCUCUCAUUUCUCCUGCUGAGAGAAUCCGGUUUAUCCUGGGAGAGGAGGAUGAUGGCCCACCACCUCCCCAGCUCUUCACUGAGCUGGAUGAGCUUCUGGAAGUGGACGGGCAGGAGAUGGAGUGGAAGGAAACUGCCAGGUGGAUCAAGUUUGAGGAGAAGGUGGAGAAGGGAGGUGAACGCUGGAGCAAACCUCAUGUGGCCACGCUGUCCUUGCAUAGUUUGAUGGAGCUGAAAACCUUUAUCGAGAAGGGCACGAUCGUGCUGGAUCUGGAGGCCAACUCGCUGCCACAGAUUGUCGAAAUGAUCACUGACAGCCAGAUUGAGAGUGGUCAGUUGAAGGCAGAGCUGAAGGAGAAGGUCACAUACACCUUGCUGAGGAAGCAUCGGCACCAGACCAAGAAGUCCAACUUGCGCUCUCUUGCAGAUAUUGGCAAGACUGUUUCCAGUGCAAGCAGGAUAUUUUCUAGCCAGGAGAAUGCCCGCAACCCCCUCGAGCACCCUGUGCCUUGUUUAAACCCACAAGACUCAGAGGAACCAUGUGAGGUCAUGAGGAGCUCCAGCAUGGGAUACCUCUGUAGUCCAACUACAACCCACCGAAACCUCACCUCCAACAGCCUGAGUGACUUCUCUGAUAAGCCAGAGAAAGAUCAGCUGAAGAAUAAGUUCAUGAAAAAAUUGCCCCGCGAUGCUGAGGCUUCAAACGUGCUGGUCGGGGAGGUAGAUUUCCUGGAAACCCCCUUUGUGGCUUUUGUCCGUCUGCAGCAGGCUGUCAUGCUUGGGGCACUCACUGAGGUCCCUGUGCCCACAAGAUUUCUCUUCGUCCUUUUGGGUCCCAAGGGCAAAGCUAAAUCAUAUCAUGAGAUAGGAAGAGCCAUCGCUACCCUGAUGUCAGAUGAGGUAUUCCACGAUAUUGCUUAUAAAGCAAAGGACAGGCAGGACCUGCUGGCUGGUAUCGAGGAGUUCCUGGAUGAGGUCAUUGUCCUGCCCCCUGGCGAGUGGGACCCCGAUAUCAGGAUAGAGCCACCAAAGUCCCUGCCUUCUUCGGACAAGAGGAAGAACAUGUACACCGGAUUAGAGGCACCUCAGAUGAAUGGCGACACUCCCCAUGACACAGGACAUGGAGGGGGUGGAGGACACCAAGUUGGAGAGGAGCUUCAGCGCACUGGAAAGUUUUGUGGAGGUCUCAUCUUGGAUGUGAAGCGGAAAUUGCCCUUUUUCGCCAGCGACUUCUAUGAUGCGCUGAACAUCCAGUCUCUGUCUGCCAUCUUGUUCAUCUAUUUGGGCACAGUCACCAAUGCGAUCACCUUUGGAGGUCUGCUUGGAGAUGCUACAGAAAACAUGCAGGGAGUGCUGGAAAGCUUCCUCGGAACAGCACUGACGGGAGCAGUGUUCUGUCUGCUGGCUGGUCAGCCCCUGACUAUUCUCAGCAGCACCGGACCGGUGCUAGUCUUUGAAAGGCUCCUCUUUAGUUUCAGCAAAGACAACGGCUUCGACUACCUUGAAUUCCGGCUGUGGAUCGGACUGUGGUCGGCCAUGUUCUGUCUGGUGCUGGUCGCCACAGACGCCAGCUUCCUGGUGCAGUAUUUCACACGUUUCACAGAGGAAGGCUUUUCGGCGCUCAUCAGCUUCAUUUUCAUCUACGAUGCUUUCAAGAAGAUGAUAAAGCUGGCCCACUACCACCCGAUCAACACGGAUUAUGAUCCCAACCUUGUCACUCAGUACGACUGCCGCUGCAUGCCUGGCAACUCGUCAGAACUCUUUGAUCUAUCUGCCCUGACAAACAGUACUGAUCUGCCGGUAAAUGCUACCUUGGCAUCUCUGACCAAGAAGCAGUGUAUGAAGUAUGGAGGACAGUUAGUUGGAGAAAGCUGUGGCUACAUACCUGACAUCACCCUGAUGUCUUUCAUUUUGUUCCUUGGGACCUACACCUGCUCCAUGUCUCUGAAGAAGUUCAAGACGAGCCGCUUCUUCCCCACCCGAGUGAGGAAGCUCAUCAGUGACUUUGCGAUCAUCUUGGCCAUCCUUCUCUUCUGCGGUGUGGAUGCCUUAGUUGGUGUGGAGACUCCAAAGCUCUUAGUGCCAAGUGAAUUCAAGCCCACAAGUCCACUGAGGGGCUGGUUUGUUCCUCCUUUUGGAGGAAACCCUUGGUGGGUGUACCUAGCAGCUGCACUUCCUGCUGUGGUUGUCACCAUUCUGAUAUUCAUGGACCAACAGAUCACCGCUGUAAUUGUCAACAGGAAAGAGCACAAACUUAAGAAAGGGGCAGGUUAUCACUUGGACCUGUUCUGGGUGGCCAUCCUGAUAGUGAUCUGCUCUUUCAUGGGCCUGCCAUGGUAUGUGGCUGCCACUGUCAUUUCCAUCGCCCACAUCGACUCUCUGAAAAUGGAGACUGAGACUUCUGCUCCCGGAGAGCAGCCUAAAUUCCUGGGUGUCAGGGAACAGCGAGUCACUGGUAUCUUCGUGUUCAUCCUGACGGGACUCUCUGUCUUCAUGGCUCCUAUCCUCAAGUUCAUGGAUCGUUUGCAGCUGCUCCUCAUGCCUGCCAAGCACCAGCCGGACCUGAUCUACCUGCGGCACGUUCCCCAGAGACGCAUCCACCUCUUUACUUUCAUCCAGGCCCUGUGCCUGGCCUUCCUGUGGAUCCUCAAGUCUACUGUCGCUGCCAUCAUUUUCCCUGUCAUGGUUUUGGCAUUGGUUGCUGUUCGCAAAGGAAUGGACUACGUGUUCUCCCAGCAUGACCUCAGCUACCUGGAUGAUGUCAUCCCAGAGAAAGACAAGAAGAAGAAAGAAGAUGAGAAGAAAAAGAAAAACAAGAAGAAGGGAAGCAUUGACAGUGAAAUUGAAUUUGACCUCCAUCGUCGACUUUCCUUCACCCCCAUACACCGUGCUGAGCACUACUUUUUCUCUCCGUCUGUGGAUAAUCUCGACAGCGGUUCAUACAAAAAAGGUUCACCUCAGAUUCGAAUAGGCCGGGACUCUGUGGACAGCUGUUUCGUCUGCAAGAAAGGGUCCGAAAGUGUCCUGUGAAAAAACCAGCACUACACAGAAACCACACCCAUUCUCUCUUUUGUUUUUAGUUUUUCUUUUUGCUUUUUGUACUGUAAUACUGCCUCAUAACAGUGUUUUUUAAUAUGCCACGUGCGAGGAUUUGAAUCCGAUUAGCUGGAAAAGUAUUUGUCAUUGAAAGACUUUGGUGGUACUGAAUUUUAAUAAGUGCUGACACAAGACCAUUUGUAUCAUUUUACUGCAGGAGACAAAAGGAUUUCACAAGGUCACACAGUUUUUUCCUAAUCUUCCCAAUUUGUAUGUUAAUAACCGAACAAGAAUCAGGCUAGAGUUGUGGUAAUCAUCAAAUAGACCCAGAGAUCCAAUUUUGAGCUUCAUAACACGCACACCACUUUCACUUAUUCUUUUUAAUAAUGUCCCACAUAACCAGCCUCUCUUCCUAAGUACUGUGUUUAGUAGUUAUUUUUUUAAGGUUAUUAAGGCAUAGCUCUUUGAACCUUGAGAUUCAAACACGGUGGAGGUACUGCACAGAGGAUUCAGAGUCCUCCUUUAGUGAACAAAAGACUAAUCUAUGCACACUUACACAAGGAACUUGAUGUGAAGCAUCUAUCUAAAGAUGCGUGUUCAUAAACACACCCAGAAGAAUAAUGCAACAUGCUUGAAUGUGGCAAGAAGUAAAUGGUUCAUCAACACGCAGACUGGAACUACUAUAUUUGUUUCCUAAUCUUGAUUGUUGCUCCCCUUUUUUCUUUAUUUAUUAUAUUUAAACUCAUAAAGGUUGCUGGUUGAAUAUUAAAUACAACUUAGCCAUUUAACCUUUUGUGGAAAUUUGAAGUUUCUUUGAUCUGUAUCCACUCAGCUGUGUCGUCCCCAUUGUGGGGAUUUAUCCAUGUACUAUACCUGUAUGUAGCACUACCUCUUAUUUACCUUAGGUGCCAGGCGUGAUAUAUUAAUAUAUCUGCUGUGCAUUGAUUUGUGAACAAAUACUAAAAAAAACCCUAAAAAUCAGGCGAACUGGCACUAGGAUCUCUGAAUCGUUUAAGAUACAUUUUGUUUUGGCAAAACAUUUAAAUACUAUGUGCAAACUGCAAUGAUUUAAAGGGGCAGCAUCACCCACAUUUCUUAUCAAAAAGCAAAUAUUUUAAGAGUAUUUAAAAUUUCUAAAUAUGUUUAUUUAACAAGUUUAGUUUGGAUGAAUAAAAUAUUAAGGAGAAAGAAAGUCUUGUUUUCCUCCUGAUGGUCCAAGAGCUGAAAGCUGGGAAGAGCUGAGAAGUAUUUAGCCCAUCCCAUGCUUCAUAUUCCUAUACACUUAAGUAUCAACGUGUUACUGAGUCUGAUUCAGUUCAAUUGUAAAACUUGUUCAAAAUAUGUUAAUUUAAUCAAGUUCCAAUCUUUUUAUUGUUUUGUGUGUUAUAUGUAUUUGUUUCGUUUUAUGCAAAUCAACAAUCACUGUGAGAUUAUUACAAUAAUGCAACUUCUGGUUCUGGAAGAGCUACCGCUUUUUAGUGCGCAAGGAUAUUUUUCUGAGACAUUGGUGUCUAUGCAUUAUCCAAAUUUAAUUUAGUAACAGCUGGAUGAGCAGUGAAAUAUGCCAAUCACACGUUAGACAAAUGACUUGAUCAUGCUUGUUGCUACUUAUUGCUUAUUGAAGUAUACACUGGUAACUUUAACUGAUUCGGUUUUAAGGUGUCGUUGCCUGUCUGAAUGUAAUAAAUCCUAAUGAACUGAAAUCUAGAUGAUCCUUGAAGAAUUGACACGCACAGUUGGUGUCACUUCUGAUUUUUAGUGCAAAUAGGGGUUUGAUCCUUGCUUUGAGCAAUCGCUUCCAUGUAGGUUGGACACAAAAGCCACAUUGUCUUCCACUUUGUGCUUUGAGCUGCACAUCUUGAUAUCUUUGGACUUUCUGGUUCUGAAUCUGCAAUUAUUGUAAUAUUUUUGAUGUUAACGAUUUUAUACAAGCAUCUUAUGUGAUCAAAUAAUCCUAGGUUACUCAGAAUGAAUAAAAAUGUCCUUUUUUUUUAAUGAAGUAGCAUUUGAAAAAA